CAAAAGGGAACCCAACAACAAAAAAGUCUGUGGGGGGAAUGCACUGAUAAACAAUGGAGUUUGUCGGCUAGGUAAAGCACGGCGAGGGGUAUCACCCCCCAGCUUGAUUCCGUAGAUGAGGCGAAGCUUUUAAGGAAGUGGAGCGGUGGGAGAGAAACGGACGAAAGUAAAGGCAGUUGUUGCGCCAACACUCCCUCUCCCACCAAACAAAAUCUCUGUUUCUCUGCCUCUCUGUGUGUUUUGAUCAUCUUCCGCAAUUCAGCAGCAGUAGCGAGGAAUUUUGCUUGAUUACAGUUAAAAGGGGAGCAUGGUGCAUACAUGCGAACUGAAGCAACAAUAAAGAACCACCCUGCUUCACUGUAAAAAAAAAAAAAUGUUUGUUUGCUUUUCAAUGGCAGGGAGUCAACCUCCCAUGUCUUCAAACUCUGUGUUUCCUCUUGUUCCUGCUGCUAUUCCAGCAACAUGUAGAGAAUCUGGAUCACUGCUCACCACAGAGUUCAGCAACACCAACUUGUUCGUGAGCUACGAUGACUCGAGAAGGAUACAGCGGAUAAAGAAGAUGUUUGAUGAGGCUCAACUUUCAGUGUCUGCAUACGACACCGCCUGGAUGGCAAUGGUCCCAACUCCUACUUCAUCCAUGGAAGACUCUCCUUUCUUCCCUCAAUGCGCUAGAUGGAUACUGGACAACCAGCUCAGUGAUGGCUCUUGGGGUCUCCCACUCCCUCGCCGUGAUCCAUCCUUAAUCAAGGAUGCUCUCUCCUCUACCUUGGCUUGCAUUCUAGCUCUCCAACGUUGGGGCCUUGGUGAACAACAAGUCACUAAAGGCAUCCGGUUUCUUGACUUCAAUUCUGCUUCUCUAAAGGAUCAGAAGCAGCAUGUACCUAUUGGGUUUGACAUAAUAUUCCCUGGCAUGAUUGACUAUGCAAAAGAUUUGGGAUUGAACCUUCCUUUCAAGUCAACUGAUGUAGACGCUAUGCUAGCUAAGAGAAAUGUGGAGCUUACAAGUGGGUUCGGUAGAAAUGCAGAGGGAAGGAGAGCCUACUUGGCCUAUGUUUCAGAAGGUAUCCAACACUCACAAGACUGGGACAUGGUGAUGAAAUAUCAGAGGCAGAAUGGAUCCCUGUUCAAUUCACCUUCGACUACUGCAGUUGCUUUUUCUCAUAUUCAAGAUCCUGAUUGCCUUCGCUAUCUGUAUGCCGUCUUAGACAAAUUCGAGAAUGCAGCUCCAGCAAUAUAUCCAUUGGACAUACGCAGCCGCCUUUCAGUCAUCGACACUCUUGAUAGUCUAGGAGUUGCUCGCCACUUCACCAAUGAAAUAAAGAUGUUGCUGGACAAGACAUACCAAUGCUGGUUGCAGGGGGAUGAAGAUAUAUUUCUUGAUACAACCACAUGUGCUAUGGCUUUUAGAUUGCUGCGUGUCUAUGGAUAUGAUGUCUCUUCAGCCGAUGACUUCAACCUCUGCCAGUCGAUACAGAAGAAAGAACUUAAGCAGCUAGGAAGGUGGAUUAUUGAAAAUAAGUUGGACAAGCUAUCAUUUGCGAGGCAGAAGUUAGGCUAUUGCUACUUCUCGGCUGCUGCAACUCUCUAUGCACCUGAAUUAUCUGAUGCUCGCUUCUCGUGGGCCAAAAAUGGCGUGCUUACAACAGUUGUGGAUGACUUUUUCGAUGUUGGAGGUUCCAUGGAAGAAUUAGUAAACCUUGUUCAGUUGCUUGAGAACUGGGAAGUGGAUGGAAGCACUGAUUUCUGUUCUGAGCAAGUUGAGAUCCUUUUCACAGCGAUUCGUGGCACCAUUCGUGAGAUCGGAGACAUGGCAUUGGCACGGCAAGGACGUGAUGUUACCCGUCAUAUAAACGACAUUUGGGUAGAAUUGGUGAAGUCAAUGUUGAAAGAAGCGGAGUGGUCAAAGAACAAGUGUGUGCCAACAAUGGAGGAAUACAUGAAGAACGCACGUGUAUCAUUCGCAUUAGGCCCGAUUGUUCUUCCAGCUCUUUACUUAGUAGGGCCAAAACUCUCGGAGGAGAUGGUGAGUAGUGCAGAGUAUAAGAAUCUGUAUGAAGGGAUGAGCACUUGUGGUCGCUUGCUCAAUGACUGGAGAGGAUGCUCGAGGGAUUCGGAGCAGGGGACGGUGAAUGCAGUGUCAUUGUUGCUGCUUGAAGGCGGCCGGACCUUGGAUGACGCCGUGGAAGAGGUGAGGGAAGCAAUCGAGAAGGAGAGGAAGCAAUUGUUGAGGUUGGUGUUGUUGGAGAAGGAGGAGAAGGGAAUGCCAAAAUGCUGCAAGCAAUUGUUUUGGAACAUGGCAAAGGUGCUUCACCUUUUCUACAUGAAGGAUGAUGGAUUCACUAAUGAGGAUAUCGUCAAUGUAGCCAAAUCUAUCGUUAAUGAACCCAUCCACCUUGCUCCUUAAUGAUAUGCAAUUCGCCCGCGUCCAAAAUGGUGAUUUCUGAGUGCAGUUUUAAAAGAAAGAAGCUCUACUCUAAUGGGAGUGGAAUCGGGUCGCCAAGCAAUUUUGCUUUGUGACAUAAUUGAUCCACUUAUAGAUGGAAAAAGUGGUAACCAACUAGAUGAGAUUGUAAGAGUAUUUAUAGGUAGUCACAAAUUUGGAUCUUUCAAAGUUGGGG